UCCUGGUGAAAAUCGCUAUCUCGGUCGAGAAAACGAAAAAAAGGCGAACGGGUAAUAGAGAAGUAGACGAGAAGACAAAUUUUUGGAGAGGGAGAGAGAGAGAGAGAGAGAGAACUGUUUCUGUUCAUACUAUUAGCUUCCGAUUGAAGUCAAACACUACACAAGAGCUUUUUCAUCGAUAGAGAGAUCGAUCGGAUUCAAUCGUCGGAUGUUAUUUCUGUUCGUCGGUGGUUAUCGGCGGAGAUGCUCCGUGGUUGAUUCGGAGGUUUUGGUUGCCGGUGAGGCAGACGGUGAUGACGGUGGCGGUGGAUGAUCGAGAAAACAAAGGAAGCGAUGUUCGGUUUUUUCUACUUUUUCUUUGGUGUUGCUUGGUUUUGAGUUUGCUGCUCCUCGUGGUUAUUCUCUCUUAGGUUGUUGUUUAGAAGAUGAUGAAGAAAGGGAAAGGGAAGAAUAGUGGCUUGUUACCGAAUUCCUUUAAGAUUAUAUCGUCUUGCCUUAAAACUGUUUCGGCCAACGCCACCAACGUUGCGUCGUCGGUUCGUUCCGCCGGAGCAUCCGUCGCCGCUUCAAUAUCCGCUGCAGAAGAUGAUAAAGAUCAGGUGACAUGGGCUGGCUUUGGCAUUCUUGAACUGGGUCAACAUGUCAUCAGACAUGUUCUCUUACUUGGUUAUCAGAAUGGCUUUCAAGUCUUUGAUGUUGAGGAUGCCUCUAAUUUUAAUGAACUGGUCUCUAAACGUGGUGGCCCAGUUUCAUUCUUACAGAUGCAGCCAUUGCCAGCGAGAUCUGGUGAUCAUGAGGGUUUUGGGAACUCACAUCCGCUUUUGCUGGUUGUUGCUGGGGAUGAAACUACUGGCACGGGUUCGGGUCACAGUUUUUCCCAUAAUGGUUCAUUAGCGAGGGAUGGUAAAGCAGAAUCUUCUGGGGAUGCCACCAGUUAUCCCACCACUGUUCGCUUUUACUCUCUUAGGUCUCACAGUUAUGUAUAUGUCCUGAGAUUUCGGUCUUCUAUUUGCAUGAUUAGAUGCAGCUCCAGAGUAGUAGCUGUUGGCCUUGCAACACAAAUAUAUUGCUUUGAUGCACUUACUCUGGAAAACAAGUUCAGUGUUCUCACCUAUCCUGUUCCUCAGCCAGUGAGACAAGGGACAACGGGGGUUAAUGUUGGCUACGGUCCAAUGGCUGUAGGUCCAAGGUGGCUUGCAUAUGCUUCCAAGAGUUCCAUGACCAUGAAAUCAGGGCGCCUAGGCCCUCAGAAUUUUUUUUCUUCACCUAGUGUCAGUCCAAGUAGAUCGACCGGUGCGAGUAGCUUGAUGGCCCGUUAUGCGAUGGAGUCUAGCAAGCAUUUAGCCUUUGGACUUAUCAACUUGGGGGACAUGGGAUACAAAACAUUGUCAAAAUACUACCAAGAAAUGCUCCCUGAUGGAUCCAAUUCUCCAGCAUCACCAAAUUCAAUAUGGAAAGCUGGUGGGGUUACUGGAACGGAUGCAGAGAAUGCUGGAAUGGUUGCUGUCAAAGAUCUUGUUUCUGGAGCCGUAGUAUCACAGUUCAAGGCUCAUACAAGUCCUAUCUCAGCACUUUGUUUUGAUCCUAGUGGAACCCUAUUGGUUACUGCUUCAGUGUGUGGGAACAAUAUCAAUGUCUUUCAGAUCAUGCCAUCUCGUUCGCAUUGUGCACCUGGUGACAUAAGUUAUGAGUGGGAAUCUUCUCAUAUGCAUCUCUUCAAGCUACAUAGAGGGAUCACUUCGGCUAUUGUCCAGGACAUAUGCUUUAGUCAUCACAGUCAGUGGCUGGCUAUAAUUUCAUCCAAGGGUACUUGCCAUAUUUUCGUUUUAAACCCGUCAGGCAGUGAUGCUGGGUUUCUACCUUCAAAUUGCGACGGUGAGGAUCCUGCCCAACUGCCGGCUUCUUCUUUCCCAUGGUGGUUUACUCAAUCCUUGUCAAAUAAUCAGCAGUCUUUAUCACCUCCACCAGCUGUUGCCCUUUCUGUAGUAAGCAGAAUAAAGUAUAGCAGUUUUGGAUGGCUUAACACAGUAAGCAAUGCUGCCACUGCUGCGACUGGAAAAGUAUUUGUACCAUCGGGUGCCGUGGCUGCUGUUUUUCACAAAUCGGUUACUCAUGACCUUCAACAGAACUCCCGGACUAACUCGUUGGAGCAUAUCUUAGUCUAUACUCCAUCAGGCCAUGUGGUGCAGCAUGAACUUCUGCCAUCAGUUUUCACAGGAUCACCUGAAAAUGGUUUGAGGGUGCAAAGAGCAUCACAUGUUCAAGCUCAGGAGGAUGACUUGAGGGUCAAAGUUGAGCCUAUCCAGUGGUGGGAUGUAUGUAGAAGGUCUGACUGGCUGGAAACAGAGGAACGACUUCCCAAAAGUAUCACUGAAAAGCAGUACGAUUUGGAUACAGUGUCAAAUAACUUGCCAAUCCAUGCGGAUGCAUGUCUUUCCCUUGACAUCAAUGGCAAUUUUGGUGAAGAUAGGUAUUUGAAAACUUGUUCUGAGAAGGCCCCUGAAAGAUCCCAUCGCUAUCUUUCUAACUUUGAGGUAAAGGUUACCUCAGGGAUGCUACCAGUGUGGCAAAAUUCGAAGAUUUCUUUUCACGUGAUGGACUCUCCUAAAGAUAAUAGUUCCACUGGUGGAGAGUUCGAGAUAGAAAAGGUCCCAGCCCAUGAACUUGAAAUAAAACAGAAAAAACUGCUACCCGUUUUUGACCAUUUUCACAGCACCAAAGCAACAUUGGAUGACAGGUUUUCCAUGAAAUGUUAUCACACAUCGGCAUUGGGAUCUUAUCAAGCUAAUGGGAAGAUAUGCCAAGACAUUAUCAACUGUCAUUCUAAGCCAGGAUCAGUCGAGUCUGCUGAAAGUUCUGAAGAGAGUUCAUCAAAACAGAUGGAGAAUUUCCAUGAUUCGGAUCACUUGAAUAACUCAUUCAAGACUUCUUUAACCCUUUACCCAACAUCGAAUGGGAUCUAUAAGGAUAUAGAGAAGAAGAACAAGAAUGGGUUGAUUGAGAAACCCGUAACAGCCAAAGUCUAUACACUAGAAGAAACGAGGAUGGGAAAGCACAUCACAAAUGGUUUGACCACACCACCUGUUCACGCCGAUUUUAAUGUCAAUGAUCAGAUGCUCUCGAUAGGAAAAUCUCCUGUGAGCUUAGGUUUUGCUUUGCGGGAAGAACACUGUAAAGCAGUAGCAGAUCCAGAAGAACACCUGAAGAAGUUAGAUGAAGUUACCAAUGGACAUCAUCUAAACGUCAACAACAACACAGAGAAACGACAAGGAGACGAGAUGGUAUGUGGUAUGGAUUCCUUUGUAGGCGAUUAAAUCUCUCGGAACCACACCCAAAGCCUCGGGUCUCUGUAUAAUCUCUACGGUAAAUAGUUGUCCCAAGUCCUGAAGGCUUCUGGAGCUUGUAAAUAUAUAAAGACAUGGAUUUGGAAUAUGUGAAAUGAUUUGCUCCUAGUUGGUGGGUAAUAAUUUCUGCCUCCUGUUUCUUCUUUUAUCUAAGAUAUAGCUGCGUCAAAAAUAUGUACAUUUUUAUAGAUGGGAGUUGGGCCGUGGUUGAAACCUUAAGUGGAAAAAAAAAAUGGAAGAUUUAGGGUUUCAUGUUGUUUUUUAAUCCUUCUUGUGAGCCCUAAUCGUUGUACAGAUGGAAGGAUCCAUGUGGAGAUCAACAGUUUCGCCUUAAACUUCAUCACCAAUGUUUCUUUUUCUUUUCUUUUUUUUUUUUGGGUUGGUUUCUCGUGCUAUUGUAAGCGAUUCUGAUGAAUUCAAAUUCGUUCUGUGGUGACUAGUUCUGUGACUUAUGUUUGCGUGAGGAUAUGUUUUCGAGUUUAUCAUUUCACAGUCGUUGGAAUAAAAAUCAACAGCUAUUGGUGCA